GCGGGAAGUCCAGCUGACGGGGAGGAGUUUCGGAGACAUUUGGCGCAAGUUUUGUUUCUUAGACUAGAGCGCGCCGGAGACACCACACGAAAUCCAUCAAGACGAAUACUUCUUAAUCAGGAGCUAAAAUAAGUCUUUUGAAACGCAUCUGCACGCUAAGUGCUCACAGCGAAAGAUGCCCAGCACACGUUCCCAGGCUCAGCCCAUCCUCCAGUUCCCCAGAUGCAAGUCCUCCAGGGUUGACUUAAAAAGCACCAAGAGCACAUCCCAGACGGAGACCCAGUCCCUCUGCUCCGUGGAGUCUCCUAAACCGCAGCCCCUUCCAGAGAAGAUCCAGCUAAUGCCCCGCUCAAGCAGGCCCGUGGCACUCAAAGGCAUAACUCUGUGCCCAAGGCGGACUCCAAGAAAACACCUCAGCCCUCGCAAACGCACAGGAGAUGAAAAUGGCUGUAACCUCAGUGCCAACCUACUGGGCUCUCCUCCCAAACAGCCCUGUCUUAACCUGGCCUCCCCCCGCAAGCUGGGCUUUGAUGAGAACUCCCCCGUUCUAUCCCAGAGGAGUCUACUGACCCCCCUGUCACCAAAACGGCAGCGCCUCUCCCACCCCAGGGCCUCCCCCAGCAGACUCCAUGAGAUCCCCAGUGGGAGCCCAUCAUGUCCCCGAUCAGAGGGCACGGUGGUCGGCCUCUUUGCUGAAAAGUCUAAGUUCCAUAGUGUGAAGCAGGCCCUCCACAUGGCUGUCCCAGAGCGCCUGCUAUCCCGGGAGGCUGAGAGGUCCUCAAUCCGCUCCUUCCUGGAGGACAAGACCCUAAAGGCCAGCCCAGCCAGCCUCUACAUCUCUGGAGCCCCCGGCACUGGCAAGACCGCUUGCCUCAACUGUGUGUUGCAGGAGAUGACGGAUGAACUGAAGGAGAUUCAGACAGUGGUGAUCAACUGUAUGGCUCUGCGUAGCUCCCACGCCAUCUUCCCCCUGCUGGCAGAGAAACUGGGGGCCUCUGGGGGCCACACUGACACCAAGUUGCAGAAACUGCUGACCAGCACGGGGCCUACUGUUCUUCUAGUCCUGGAUGAAAUGGACCAGUUGGACAGCAAGGCCCAAGAUGUUCUCUACACCAUCUUUGAGUGGCCGUACCUGCCCAAGUCCCGUCUCUGUCUCAUUGGUAUCGCCAACGCUCUGGACCUGACGGACAGGAUCCUCCCCAGGCUCCAGGCCCUGCCUCGUUGUCGGCCCCAGCUGUUACACUUCCCUCCCUACAGCCGCCAGGAGCUCGCCGCCAUCGUACAGGACAGACUCAGACAUGUGUCCGGAGAGGGGUUACUAGACGCAUCGGCCGUGCAGUUUUGUGCCAGGAAGGUGUCUGCUGUGUCGGGAGACGCACGCAAAGCUCUGGAUAUCUGCCGGAGAGCUGUAGAGCUUGUGGAAUCUGACGACAGAAAGGCAGCAGCAGAAACGACGGUGUCUCGUGUGAGCGUGCCCCAGGUGGCCAGGGUGCUUUCGGAGGUGUAUGGGGACCGCAUGUCCUCGUCAGAGGGAGAGAGCUUCCCCAUCCAGCAGAAACUCCUGGUCUGCUGUCUGCUACUGCUUACCCGCAACGGCAAGAACAAAGAGAUCCCACUGGGCAAGCUCCACGAGGUGUACAGCCGUCUGUGUGCCAAGAGACAGGUGGGCGGCGUGGGCCAGGGCGAGUGCCUCUCCCUCUGCAGUCUGCUGGAGAGCCGGGGCAUCUUUGCCCUGAAAAAAGCCAAGGAGGCUCGCCUCACCAAGGUUUCUCUGAAGAUUGAGGAGAGGGAUGUGGAGAAUGCUCUGAAGGAUCGCACCCUGCUGGGCAGUAUCCUGACUGCUGGCCUACCAUGACCUUUCACCUUUAUUUGUGCCUUAUUUUGUUUGUUUUGGGAUUCCUUUUUUUCUGGUGGGGUGAUGCAUAUCCAUCUAUGACCUCCCUUUUCAGAACAAUGGGAAAUGCAGCAAUUUGUUAGAUUUUUAUUGAC